ACCAUGUAAAGCAUUUCUUCAGAUGAUGAAUGAAGUCAGUGAUAUAGCUGGUCAGCAUGAAUUAAUAGCAGAAAACAUGACAUUACAAAUAGUAAAAGAAAUAAAUAAUUUAGUAAAAGAGCUCAAAGAUGAAAGAAAGAGGCACUUACAUGAAGGUGCAAAGCUUCAAGCACAGCUUCAAGCAUCUUUGUCACAAUUAGAUAAGGCAAAAAAAGCAUACGAAAAAGCUUUUAAAGAAGCAGAGAAAGCGCAAGAAAAUUUUGUAAAAGCUGAUGCAGACCUGAACUUGUCCAGAGCAGAAGUAGAAAAGGCAAGGACACUUUCUGUGAUGAAAAAUCAAGCCUGUGAAGACUGUAAAACGGAGUAUGCCAAUCAACUUCAAAAAACCAACGAGUUACAGAGGCAGCAUUAUAUUACUACAUUGCCAAACGUAUUUCAGCAACUACAAGAAAUGGAUGAAAGACGAAUAACUUGCAUCCAGAAUUUUAUUAAGUUAUCCGCUGAUAUUCAGCGACACGUAUUUCCUAUAGUAAGCAAAUGUCUUGAUGGAAUAGUGAAAGCUUCAGAAACUGUGGAUCCAAGACAGGAUUCUAGGCUAGUCAUUGAGAAGUUUAAGUCUGGUUUCUCACCACCGGUAGACUAUCCAUUUGAAGACCUUAGUAAUCUUAAAAAUAGUGAAGGGAACACGGGGCUGCAUUCGGUACCUUCUUUUAAAACAGAAACUAUUAAAGGCACCAUUACAGCUGGAAAACUCAAGAAGCGUAGUGGAAUAUUUGGGAUAUUUAGUUCAAAUAAGCAUCAUAUUGAUGAAACAAAAGAUUACUGUGAUCUACCCCCAAAUCAAAGGAAAAAGAAACUUACACAGAAGAUAGAACAUAUACAGAACCAGAUACAGCAAGAAACAGCAGCAAGGGAUGGCUUGACGAAGAUGAAAUUGGUGUAUGAACAGAGUCCUGCAAUGGGUGAUCCACUAAGCAUUGAGGGCCAAUUAACAGAAAACGGACAUAAACUUGAAAAGCUCCAAACUGAGCUUCAGAAGUUCCAGAGUUACUUAUCGGAUGCAGAGGGUAUAACAUUAACACCAAAAAGAAAUAAAAAGGAUAGGAACAGUAUUUCUGAGGAUUCUUUAUCGAGGAGUGCUUCCGAUUCCAGUGUCAACAACCCUAACAACAAUAAAACCAUGGUAUCAAAUACUCCACCACAAGCUAAUGGUUCCUCCUAUAGUCCCGAGAGUGGUAUCAGUAGGAGUCGUACCAGUAUUCCAGAAGUUGACGUGUAUGAUGACGAGGAGAAAUUUGAUAACAUUGACGAAGAAGAUAAUGCUGAUUUUGAUCUGGAUCCUCUUCCUGUGCUGGGUACGGCAAGGGCUCUCUACCCCUUUGAUGCUCAAAGUGAAGGAUCUAUCCCUAUGGAAGAAGGAGAAGAAUUUGAUGUUGUUGAGUUAGAUCAAGGAGAUGGUUGGACUAGAGUACGUCGCGGUGACAUCGAAGAGGGUUUUGUGCCAACCUCCUACGUUCAAUGUUUUCUCUAUAACAAUUGUUAAUCUCUGGGUUCUGUUUUUUUCAGACAUUGUAAUAUCAGUUGCAUAUUCUGGUAUGUAACCAUCCUUUUCAAUGACGUUCUUUAUUGUGAUAUUUUUUUACUCUCAAUAGUAUUUGUUUUUAAAGUUUUUAAUUUUCACAGGAUUAACUGUAGUGUGUUAGCAUAAGCAUUGAUUUCCUACUUGUAUAUGCAUGAAGUCAGUGUAUGUGUAAUUUGUGAAUGAUUUUUUUGUAAAAGAACUGUUAUGUCAAUGCUAAUUUAAGACUUUAGUCAGUGUUAUGACAGUUUGGAAGUUACACUAUGUUUAUAGGAAAUUUCUUUUCAUACCUAUUUUGCUUUUUUUUUUCUUUUGUUUUUUACAGUAGAAUAUUGAUUAUGCUCUUGACUGUACAUUGAUUAGUUGGAGACAUUGGUAACUACAUGUAUGAUGUAUGUACUCGGCUGUGCUGAAAAAAAAAUUAUGUUUUAAUUAGCGUUUUCACCAUAAAAUUACUUUCUAAUUGGUUUAUAAACUAACUUGAAAAGUUCCAUAACUACCAAAAUGUAUUUUCAAGUGAGAUGUAAUGUCUUCGGGUCUUCUUGAGCACGAUUCCCACAGUUGGAAGAAAGCCCUUUGAAAUAUAUUAAUAUUUCCAUUGAGAAAUCUUGAAGAAAUCCUACAGAAACUGUUUAGAAUGUUGAAAAUGAGCUGUUUGAAAUCUAAAAUCGGGCCGAAAUGAAGUUCACGUCACGAAGCAGAAUUUUUUUGCACCAAUCAGAUCUUGCACUAGUAUUGGCCAGUUUUACCAUUUGACACAUCGCUAACACUUUAGAUUGUUCUUCCUUAAAAUAUAGCUUAAAAAAGAAAAGGAUACCAGCAGAGGAAUAAACAGAAACAAAUGUCUUGUACAAAUAAAUCAUUAUAUAGGUUUAUGAUUUGUAUUAGAUAUUCAUGUAGAUAUUAUUUAAAAUCAUUUGAUUAUUUUUGUAACAAGCUUAACCAAAAAUAUGGUGAAAGGUAUGCAUAUCUGAUGAUUAUUUUUCUAUGUUAUCAAAAAUUAACGUGUAUUCUAGAGCAAGUAUUGGGAAUGUUGUUAUUGUACAUGAGGAGAAUUUGUAAAAUCUCUUAAGUGUUUUAGAACCACAUUAACUUUGUACUGUUGUGUAUAUUUACCGAUACUUUGUUCUGGGAUAAACAAACUAUUUUUAAUGAAAACGGUUUAACAAAAUUUGUGUGUGUGUGUGUUAUAUAUGCAUCGCUCGUUUCAGGUUUAUGCCAAUGUAACAGGUUUAGUUCGGCAUCAUGUUCUGCGAAUAAGGAUGGUUUGUAUCCAUGGGACAUACAGGUAUUUUUCUUUACUUGAUUAGUAAAUUGCAGUCAUGAAACAAAGGGGAACCAGCUAAGCUUAACGGCAUUAAGAAAACAACUAUCAGUUUGGGAACAAAUGUUGGCCAGUGAUCAGUGAGCGUCUCUGUUUAACCAACUGACAGUCAGUAUGCUAUUCAAAUUCAUCAACUUGUAUUUCUGAAGUAUUGCAAAUAUUAAAACUAUUGUAUCCAAUGGUGAGAUUUUGUUGACAGUGAGUUUGUGUGCGUGUUUAUUUUUUAAUACAACUGUAAUAAUCACGAUGAUGUUUUUUAAAAAAAAAAGAGUUCAUGUAACUAUUUUAAUUCCCAACCAUUAUUGAUGGAGAUCCAUCUAGCAAUUAAACGAUAUUUAUGAAGCAGCUAUAUGGGUGCUACCUUAGGAGUAUAUGCCCCCCCCCCAAUUAUUCGUUUCAUGGUGAGCAAAUUGGUGUGAUGCUUGCAGCUAGGAUGACAUUAAUUGCAUGUAUCCAAUAAUCUGCUUCAUACCAACCCA